AUGGAGCCUCAAAGCAAAGUCAGGAAGAAGGUCAAGCGACCAGGGGGACGCAACCCUGGGUCACGGAGGAAGUCGAAGUGCUGGCGCUGGGCAAGGAAGAUCAAGAGGAGCCAAAGCCAGGGCGUGGCAGGGGGAGCAAAGGCGUGGCCAAGACCAUCGACAGGUGACGCGCUGGAGGAGGAGCAGCAGCAGCAGCAGCAACAAGAGCACAGCGAAGAGGAAGAUCGCAAGACCCAGGGGUCCAAGAGGCGGGAUCGGAAGCGAGGCUCAGAGGCUGAGCUCCAAGAUCGGGGGCAAACGGGAAAUAGAGUUGGCACGUCCUGUCCCUUCGUCGUUGUCGUCAAGCAUCGAAGAUACUAG